UUAAUUUCAUUUUGUAGGAUGGCACAGUUCCACCUUCUCGACCCGUUCUACGACGAGAGCCACCGGGGGCGCCUUCUGUCGGAAGGCCAGGACCUAGCAACGCUUCGUUCUAGGACACACAAUGGGUUCCUAGACAUGGUGUUCGACGACAGGUACACUAAUUACCUCAGACGAGCAGGUCUAGAUGUAAUAUCUUACCAGUUACGACGCGGGUUGCCUACUAUUGAUUCGGCGGCCAUUACUGCACUUGUGGACAGGUGGCGUCCUGAGACACAUAGUUUUCAUCUUCCUUUUGGUGAGAUGACAGUCACAUUAGAGGAUGCACAGAAGAUACUUGGACUCAAUGUUGGUGGCAGAGCAGUGACAGGCCAAUGUGACUCUGACGGAUGGAGGGCUAGAGUUGAGGCCUUUCUUGGUAGGGAGCUUCCUCCUGAGGGCGUUGAACGGACUGCUGGAGUAGGCAUCACAUGGCUCCGUCAGUCUUUUGGUGUGUGCCCUGCUGAUGCUGAUGAGGCUACAGUCCAGUUCUAUUGUCGAGCUUGGAUCUUGCACAUGUUUGGUUGUGUCCUCUUCCCAGACGCCACAGGAGACUGCGCGUCCUGGAUGUACAUCCCAUGUCUAACCGACUGGGAUACAGCUGGACAGUACAGUUGGGGCUCCGCUGUGCUUUCUUUUUUGUACCGGCAGCUUUGUGAAGCUUGCCGUCGUACGUCCUCCUCUUCGUCUAUAGGCGGUUGCGUCUACCUCCUGCAGAUAUGGAUGUGGUUUCGCAUACCAGUUGGUCGACCACGUGUUUUCCAGCCUAGACCCUGGCCAUGGAUGAUUCAUGGAAAUGAUCGUCUUCGACCGACGUAUGCUUAUAUUUGGGACCAAGUGGCAGCUCCUUUUGCGAGAGCUAAGAGGGCAUACAUGGAGUAUGUUAACGAGUUUGACACCCUUUCUGCCUCUAGCGUCACAUGGCAGCCAUACAACGCACCUGAGUAUGCUGGGAUGAUCUUUAGUGUAGUAUGCAGCAGUGAAGAUGAACUCUAUAUGAUGCAAUGUCCUUUGGUCUGUUUCUGGUGUGUUGAGUGGCACCUACCUCACAGGGUUCAGAGACAGUUUGGUAGGAACCAGCUAUGGCCGGUUGAAGAUGUUCCUACUUCAAAGGAGCUACACAAAUUUGACCGGCGGAAGCAAAAGAAGAUAACGGACUUUCGUCAACAUCAUCUGAUAUUAGUAAAUGAUUGGGAAUCGGGUGCUGAGAAUGUAUAUUCCAACGAUGAGUUGCACAACAAUAGUGAUUACAGGCGGUACCAAGCUUGGUACCAGGGUGCGACUCGUUGUAAGCUUCGCCAGCAGUGGACAGCGGAAGACUACGCCGACAUUGAUUCUUCAGACGAUGAAGAAACGGAGUAUGACCUGACCACUAGACUGGGAACCCAAGUGGAGGCGGCACCCAUAUUAGAUCGAGUGGGUAACACAUUGCGACGGUCGGUAGAGGACAUUGAUCGCCAACUUUUGACUACGGGCGACAGCAGCAUGCGCAGCUUCUUGCAGCGUUUAUCUAGGCGCCUACGUGGAGCUGCUGCUCGCUGUGGCUGCAGGACUACUGUUGCACAUGACGUCCAUGUACCAUCGUGUACCGACACAGCAACGCCCUCCACAGGUCUUGGUGCUGGCUUCGACUACGAUCACGACGAGAUAGGACCUUCACAGCUCGAGGGGGCUCCUUCGACACAGCCAUUACAACCACAGGAUCGUAGGCGACACCGCUCUCCACAACGUUACACUCCAGGCACCGACGCUUUAGGCAAGGGUAAGACUAGGAGACGUUGAAUUGGUUUGGACUCUAUGGACUUGUUAUGUAACGUAUGAAUUAUAUAGACUUGUAAUGGACUCAUUUGGCCUCUACGGGCUUGUAUGACAUUUUAAUGGACUUGUAUGAAUUCUAUGGACUUGUAAUGAACUUGUUUAGACUUUUAUGAGCUUGCUUGGAAUUGUUUACAAUUGUAUGCACUUGUAUGUUAUGCUUAUCUAUGAGUAUGUCUUGGAUUGACAAAAAACAGAGAAAACUCUGCCGAAAUUUUGUGAAAUUGUUGGUUAUGUCAUGUAGCCUUUACAUAACUAUUACAUAGCCUUUUCAGAAGCAUUAAUUUUAGGACUAGCAUCUAUACUUUUCAGAUCCAUUUCGUAGCCUUUUCAGGAGUGCUUAUAUAGCCUUUUCAGAGUGUAAAAAUAGCCUUUUCAGGAUUGUAUAUAU